AUGGGCGGCUCUCUCUCCAAGGCCAUGGGCAAGAUCUUCGGCAACCGCGAGAUGCGCAUCCUCAUGCUCGGCCUCGACGCCGCCGGCAAGACGACCAUCCUGUACAAGCUCAAGCUCAAUCAGAGCGUCACCACCAUCCCCACCGUCGGCUUCAACGUCGAGACGGUGCAGUACAAGAACGUCAAGUUCAACGUCUGGGACGUCGGAGGGCAAGACAAGAUUCGUCCGCUCUGGCGGCACUACUACACGGGCACGCAGGGCCUCGUCUUCGUCGUCGACUCGCAGGACCGCGAGCGCAUCGACGAGGCGCGGCAGGAGCUGCACCGCAUCAUCGGCGACCGCGAGAUGCGCGAGUGUCUGCUGCUCGUCUUUGCCAACAAGCAGGACCUGAGCGGAGCCAUGUCGCCGGCUGAGGUGACAGAGAAGCUGGGCCUGCACCGGAUGCGCGACCGGUCGUGGUUCGUGCACCCGAGCUGCGCUACGUCUGGAGAGGGUCUGUUCGAGGGGCUGAGCUGGCUCAGCAGCAACGUCAAGAAGCAGACUGGCCCGUAG